AUGACGAAGCCGUUUGACUCGUACCGCGGCGAGAUUGUGCGCCUCUACAUUGACGAGAACAAGACGCUCGAGGUUGUCAUGGACCUGAUGCGCGCGCGCCAUUGCUUCACUGCUUCCCGACGCAGCUACAUGGACAACCUCAAGAAAUGGGGCGUGCGCAAGUACAAGAGAAAGGUGGUGGUGCACAACCAGAACGGCAGCGGAGACCAGGACCCCGACGACGACCGCCAGGGCUCCGCCGUGGACGAGUACGGCGUCGCGCCGCUGUCGCCGUCGGCCCCGGAGGACGCGGUCCCGCGGCAGAGCGGCGCGCAGUCCCUGGUGCUGCCGUACCACCGCGACCACGCGCCGAGCGCUGCGGUGCCCCCGACGGCCUCGUCGGCGGCGGCGCACGGUUUCCCCCCGGGCCACGACGCCGUCCAGCUGCAGCACGAGCCCGCCGGGGGCAGCCACGACUACGGCUGGGGUUACUUUGCCCACAGCCACUGGCCGGUCGACGAGGCCGCCUCCCUCUCGUCGUACGCCUCGCAGUACGUGGCCGACAACACGCCGCAAGCCGGCCUGGCUGCUAGGUACUUCAACACGCACGCGUCUGCGCUGGAUGAGAGCGCGGAUCAGCCCAACCUGGCUUCCUCGCACGGGGGGACAAGCCAGGAGUCGCAGCACCGUUGGCACCGCUACGCCGGCCGUUGA